AUGAGUUUUUCAGAUGAUUCAGAGGAUGAAGAGGAAAUCAAAAAGAGACUUUAUGCAGAUCUAGAUUAAGUGUCAGUCAAUGAUAAUUAGACUGAACGAAGUUUUAUAUUUGAAUAACAUAAUUAUGAAACUCAUGAUUAUAAGUAAUCAAAAAUUUGGUUAGAGUUUAUGAAUCAAAAUAAGUAGAGAGAAGAAAUGUUGGAUAAGAUUGAGAAUGAUAUUUAAUUGAUGAAGUAAAUUAAUCAAGGAAAUUAAUGUAUUGAAAUUGAAGAUUAUAAUGGUGAUCAUCUUAAAGUAGAACUUAAUGAUUAAUUACCUAAUGAGAUUAUUACUUAAAUCAAAGAAUAACCAUAAUAAAAAAUCAUAUUACAUGAAGAAAUCUUGCUGCAAUAAUAACCUACACCAAUCUAAGAAUUAUAAAAGUCUAGUACUUCAUUUACAUAAACAAAAAACUAAAUUCGAGCUCCAUCUGCUAAAUAAACAAAACCUAAUAAAUAAAAUCUAUAAGAUUAAAAAUUAGAAUAAAUGCAUCAAUAAAGAGAGAUGAUGCUAAUGGAAAUUGAAGACAAUUAUUCUAGAGAAUAUUAGGAUUAUUGGAUAAAAUAACUCUUUAAAAAUAGACUCUAUAAUCUACCUGAAGAGUUUCCUGCCUUAAAACCCAUAUCAUUUACUGUCAAAAUACCAGAUUUCAAUAUUCCUAUUUUUAAAACUCCUUCAAUUUAAAUACCUUAAAUAUUAGAUUUAGUAGAUGAGAAUCUAGCUCCUAGUAAUACAAAAGAGUUAGUUUUUACAAGAUUAUAGAAUAUAAAGUUUUAAAAAUUGAAAUAUAUUGAAACACAAUUAGAAAUAAAACCAAACAAAGAACUCUAAUAAUUAUAAUAAAUUGACUCUGAACUCAAAUAUAAUAUUGUCUAUUAAGAUUUCUUAAAAAAUCAAUAGUAAUUAGUAUUGAGUGAUAGUAUUGAAGAUAUUUAUUGGAAAAAAGUGAAUAAUCUACAUCAAGAAUUAAUGAAUAUGUAAAUAUAUUUAAUAGUUUAGGAUUAAUAAGUUAAUCUCAAAAUUUCCUAGAUAUAAUCCUUAUCGAUCUCCUUUUACUGAAUAUGAAUAACCUAAAACUAAUUUAGAUAACAUUAGUAUUGUAGAUGAUAAUUCUAACUUAAACUUAUUUCAAUAAUAUAUUCAAAAUAAUCAAGUAUCUAAAUUUACCAGAAAAUUAGAAAUAAAACUUGAAAAUUUAACAACACUUGAUGGAAUUUAAGAAAUGAAAGAUAUAAGAAAAGUUAUAUUAUCUUGCAAUCAACUUAAUGAUCUUACUCCACUUUCUGCAUUAAAUAAUUUAAUUGAAGUGGAUUUAUAAUAAAAUAAUAUUCAAUCAUAUCAUCAAUUAGGUAAAUUAAGUAAUUUAAGAAUACUACGUCUUGAAAUGAAUCAUAUUCAAGAAAUGAGUAAACUUUCAAAUUGUAUAUUCUUAGAAGUUUAUUCUUUAAAAGGCAAUAAAAUUCAUUAAAUGACUAAUUUAGAAAAUUUAGAAUUCUUGAAGCAAUUAUACUUAUAUAAAAAUUAAUUAAAGAAUAUAGGAAAUUUAUCAAAAUGUUUUAUAUUAGAAAUUCUUGAUUUAAGUUCAAAUUAAAUAGAAAUUGGAUUGAAUGAGAACCCUUUAAAAAAUAAUUAAUGUUUACGUAAAUUAAUCCUUACUAAAAAUAAAAUAUAACAUUUACCUGAAAUGAGAUUACUGUUAUUGAAUGAAUUAUAUUUGAAUAAGAACAAACUUGAAUCAUUAGAUGGAAUAGUUUAUUUACCCUCAUUAUAGGUAUUCUAUUAUUUUAUAAGAUUUUAUAAGUUUAAGAUAAUCAAUUAUAGACUUGUUAUGAUACCGAAUAUUCAAUCUCUUACAUGCCUAAUAUUUAAUAAAUUGAUUUAUCUGGUAACAGAAUUCAAUCCUUUGGUACCAUAAUCAAUUUUAUAUAAAGAUGUAAUGAAUUAAAAUAAAUCAACUAUCUUGAAAAUCCAUUUUUGCUUGGUUUAUCUGAAGUAUUAAUUAUAACUUAUUUUAGGAAGUAUUUUAAUUGUAUCGAUACAUGUUAAUUAUUAACUGCCCAUAGUUGAUAGAAGUCAAUCAAGCCAUUUUAAAUAAAAAGGAUUAAGAAUUUUUAAAAGAUAAAUUUUAUGGUUUUUUAGAACCUCCAUAGAGAAGAUCAUAAUAAUUAGAAUUGGAAAGAAGUUUCAAUAAAUUAAUCAAUCAAUUAAAUAACAAUACUCAAAUAAUGCAUAAGAUUAAUGGAUUAGAAUAAAGGAAAAUAACUAAAAUUCAUCCUUUCACUUAUACAGAGAGAUUUAAGAUUAUUCAAAUUUUAAAUGAUUUAACAUUCAUUAAGAACAACUUUUAAAUCAAUAUUGAUGUUGAUAAAGAAAUAUCUGAUUUUAAUUUAAAAUAUCAGAAAUCACUUUUUAAGGUUUAAUCUUUAUUAAUUAAAUGGAUUUACAAAUACAAAAAAAGAUAAAAAUAUUAUAAAUCAAAAUUAAAUUAAUUGAUUAUUGUUUAAUCCUUAAUAAGAGGAUAUUUAGCAAGAAAUUAACCAAAAGUAAAAUAAUUUAGAUAGAAAAAUAAUAAAAAGAAAUUGCAUAUAUAUGCUAUUAGAAUUUAGAAGUUUUGGAGAGGAUACAUUAUAAGAAAAAGAUUAAGAGAUAGAAUGAAAAAUAUUAAGUUUGAAGAUAGUGAAUUAGAUGAUAUGGGUGAUUUUGAUGAUGAUUUUUUAAAAUAAGAUAUUGAUCUUAAUUUUGACCUUAGAAUUCCUUAAGGAUUAGACUUAUAGUAAAUUUUCAAAUAAAGCCAAAAUUAACAUCAAUUAUUAUAAUAAUAAAUUACUUAAUAAGCACAAUAAAAAGUUUAAUAAUAAUAAUAAUAGCCAAUUAAAUAAUCAUCUUCUAGCACUAAGAAACCAUAGAAUAAUGUAGAAACUUAGAUGAGAACUUCUCAUUUAUCAGGAACUUAAUCAUAAACUUAAAUGGGACAAAGUAAAUACAGUGAAAAAACUACCAAGACAGAUUCACUACCAACUAUUGGAGAACAUACUAAAGUAACAAUUAUCAUAGAUUAUUUAUUAGAAAAUAAUGCAAAAUUGGAACUUUAAAGAUCCUGCAGUGGCCUACACAAUUGCAUGCAAAUUGCAAAAGGAAUAGAAAAGAAAAAAUAAAGCUAAAGAACUAACUGCUUAGGAGAGAUUAGAGAGAUUUAAGAAACAUUGA